CGUCGCAGCUGAUUGUUCCGCCAUCUUGACAGAAACGUAAACAUUCAGCUUCACUCGGUCUUCUCAGGAAACUAACUGCGAAUCUAUCCACAGCUCAAUAAGACAGAAAACUCGUGUUUCCUGAACUUUGGUCAGCAUAUACAUCUUGAAAAAUGAGAGGUCGGAUACUGAAACUGCCCCAUAACUGCGUUUCAUGAGCAGCAAAACAGGGAUGGAUGACGUGGGCGGGGCUGCAUGUACAGACUGAGGCAGAGACGGAGCGGAAAUGGACCAGGACUAUGAGAGACGCCUACUCAGGCAGAUCAACCAUCAGAACCUGCCUGAUGGUCACAUGUCCAAGUCCGGCUUUGCCGCAUGCAGUCCAGUCAGUGUUAAUUCAGGUGACAGAUUCAUCCCCACACGCGCAGGAAGCAACUGGAGCAUCAACUUCCAUUACGCCAAUGAAAACUGUUGGUCUCCUAACCAGAAUCAGCGCUCGAAGGACGCCAGUGCAGACUCUGGAAAGGGUAGUUUGUCUUUUUGUGUUUCGGUAUACGUCCUCCUUUGGACCUUUCCUGUGCUUCGAAUGUGAUCUGUUGCUCGACGCAGUGGCUUAUGCUGCUCUGCUGCGGAACGAGCUCCUGGGAGCGGGCAUCGAGACCGUACCUGACCCUCACACAGACGACCGACGGCACGCCAUCCUCUCCCAGGACAUACACAGCCUCUUCAGGUACACAAUUCACACAAAGAGAGUGCCUUUUGACAGUGGCAAUGAAAUCUCUCCGUAUUCCCUCUCACCCCUCAGCAACAAAAGUCACAAGCUGUUGCGGUCACCACGAAAGCCGGCACGAAAGAUCUCCAAAAUCCCCUUCAAAGUUCUGGAUGCACCAGAGUUGCAGGAUGACUUCUACCUUAACCUGGUAGACUGGUCAGCUGGAAACCUGCUCAGUGUCGGUCUUGGUGCUUGUGUGUACUUGUGGAGUGCUUGUACCAGUCAGGUGACAAGGUUAUGUGAUUUGUCAGUAGAUGGAGACUCUGUGACUUCAGUCUGCUGGAACGAGAGGGGAAGCUUGGUUGCUGUAGGAACCCACAAAGGCUUUGUGCAGAUAUGGGACGCAGCCGGAGGGAGGAAGUUAACCAGCCUGGAAGGACAUUCGGCUCGUGUCGGAGCGUUAGCGUGGAAUGGCGAGCAGCUGUCGUCAGGCAGCAGGGACAGGGUGAUCCUGCAGAGGGACGUCCGCACGCCGCCUGCUGCCGAGAGGAGACUGCAGGGCCACAGACAGGAAGUCUGCGGCCUCAAGUGGUCCCCUGACCACCAGCAUCUCGCCUCUGGAGGCAACGACAACAAGCUGCUGGUGUGGAACAGCUCGAGCCUGGUGCCCGUGCAGCAGUACAGUGAGCAUUUAGCAGCGGUGAAGGCCAUCGCCUGGUCGCCCCAUCAGCACGGCCUGCUGGCGUCCGGAGGAGGCACAGCCGACCGCUGCCUGCGCUUCUGGAACACACUCACCGGACAGGCGCUACAGAGCACAGACACCGGCUCACAGGUCUGCAACCUGGCCUGGUCCAAACACGCCAAUGAACUGGUCAGCACGCACGGCUACUCGCAAAACCAGAUCCUGGUGUGGAAAUAUCCGUCACUCACGCAGGUGGCCAAACUGACCGGACACUCGUACCGUGUGCUCUACUUGGCUGUGUCUCCAGACGGCGAGGCUAUAGUGACAGGUGCAGGAGACGAGACGCUCAGGUUCUGGAACGUCUUCAGCAAAACACGCUGCACCAAGGAAUCCAAGUCGGUGCUGAAUCUGUUCACCAGGAUACGGUAGCGUCCGAGGCUGGAGGAGGACCUGCAACUUUUCAGACGGAAAUCCGAUGUCUCUUCCUCCUCUCCACACUCCUUCCAGUGUCUUAUCUUUGUUAAACCACACCCCCCCAAACCCCCCACACCACCACCCACGGACGAACGAGUCUUGUUUUGUUAUCGUCCCGAUGACUUUCUUAUUACUUGUAUCACGUGAAAGUGAAAGUGCAAAAGGACAUUGUGUAAUGUAAAGCAGAGAGAAAACGGUUUAUCUACACGGCUGUCGUAUUGGCCGCCGGCCCAUUAUGCUACAGAUAGAA